AUGAGAGGCAAAGAAGAGGAUGAUAUAAAACCCCCUCUGAAUGUUGCUUUUAAACUAAAUGACAGAGAACAUAAUGAUUCUGACUUUAAGAGCAUCUUGGCGGGGCAGACAGUCAUACUUGAACAUCCUGAACCUCCUGUCAAAUCCCUAAUACCUAAACAUAACCCUGAACUCAGCUUGAACCGCGAGAAAAGGAGCAAUUUGACUAAUGGAGAGGUUGAAGGUGUAAUUAACGAUCACAGCCGAGCGCCGAGUUCAGAGGAGGAAUCCGCUCUCCAGCCGGAGCUCCAUUUGGAGACAGGUGUCGGCGUUCUGCAUGAGCGGACACAGGAACGCUCUAAAUGGGUCACGGAGUCUGAAGGCGGUCGGUCAGGGCCUAAAACGGGGCCCCGCUCUCGCCGCCGGAGGAGCUGGCUCUGGAACCAGUUCUUUGUGAUCGAGGAGUACAGAGGGCCAGAGCCUGUGCUCAUUGGACGGUUGCACACGGAUAUGGACAAAGGAGACGGCCGCACUAAGUACAUGUUGGAGGGAGAGGGGGUGGGCUCCGUGUUUGUCAUCGACAGCAACACAGGCAACAUACACGUGACCAAGUCUCUGGACCGAGAGGAGAAGGACCAGUACCGUCUCAUUGCUACAGCUACAGACCGUCAGACUGGCCGUGCCCUAGAGCCCUCCUCUGAGUUCAUCAUUAGAGUGCAGGACAUCAAUGACAACCCACCUGUCUUCCCCAAUGAACCCUAUGUUGCCAUGGUACCGGAGAUGGCCAACAUAGGCACGUCUAUAAUCCAAGUCACGGCCAGAGAUGCAGAUGAUCCAACAUAUGGAAACAGCGCCCGGCUGGUGUAUGCCAUUACUCAGGGCCAGGACUAUUUCUCUGUGGAUCCUCAAACAGGCGUCCUGCGGACAGCAGUACCUGACAUGGACAGGGAGACUCAGGAUGAAUAUCUGGUCCUCCUCCAGGCCAAAGACAUGGGGGGACAUUUGGGCGGACUAUCAGGGACAACAACAGUCACUGUGAAGCUGACUGAUGUCAACGACAACCCCCCUCACUUCAGAAGGAGUGCGUGGUCGUUCUCUGUAUCGGAGCUAGCGGCUCCAGGUGUGGAGGUGGGCCGUCUCACUGCCACGGAUCCUGAUCUGGGAGAGAACGCACAGCUGGAGUUUACUAUCCUGGAUGCUGAAGAGGCUGAAAUAUUCAAUAUAACGGGAAGGGACCAGGAGGCUGUCAUUGCGCUGAACAAGCUGCUGGAUUAUGAGACCCGCAGUUCGUACUCUUUCAUUGUGGAAGUUGCCAACCCUGUGGUGGAUGCUCGCUACUUAAGGAAAGGUCCCUUUAAGGACCAAGCAACAGUUCGAGUAAUGGUCCUUAAUGCUGAUGAGCCACCACGAUUCUCCCAGGCUCGCUACCAUCUGGAUGUAUCUGAGAACUGCCCCCCUGUCUGCUCUGUUGGCCGGGUCUAUGCUGUGGACCCAGACACAGGACAAACCACCAACAUCAGGUACUCCAUCGAUCCCCAGUCAGACCCUGAGGCUCUGUUCCGCAUCGCUUCUGACACCGGUUUCAUCAGCACAGUGAUGGAGCUGGACCGUGAGCAGGAGCAGUGGCAUAAUAUCACUGUCAUUGCCACACAGAGGGGUAUGUUAUCCCCUCUGCCCUCUGGGUGCUAUGAGUAACAGAACAAUCCAAAUCUUGUGUCAAGGGUUGUGGUUGCCAUAGAGACACUGGACCAGAAUGACAAUGCACCAGAGUUGGACAGACAGUACGCAACGUCUGUAUGUGACUCCAGUGCUCCCGGUCAGGUUGUUCAGGUUUUGAGAGCUGUCGACAGGGAUCAAGGAGGGCAAGACACCCCCGUCCACUUCAGCAUCCCUCCAGAGUCCAGCUCUGCUCUCAACCUCACCAUCAGGGAAACCGGAGGUGUGACAGCCAGCCUGGUGCUCCAAUCAGCCUUGGACCCCCUUCCUGGCUUCUCCUCAUCCUUACUCACCCUCUAUGUGCCAGUUGUGCUGCGCGACGGAGCCUCCGGUCUUACCAACACUGGCACGGUCACUGUGACCAUUUGUCCCUGUCUGCGGGGGGGUAUGCAGACAGAGGAUAGGGGGAGACAGAGGGACCAAAGAUGGGAGAGACACAUGGUUUGUCUGCCCAUGCCGUCCGCCUCUCCAUCUCUCAUAUUCAGUUUAGUCACCUUACUGGCCAUGCUGGCUUGUGUCACCACUCUGCUGGUGGUGUGUGCACUCUCGCUGUCAUUGCGCCAUCAGAAGCGCGACUCCCACUCACCCUUCGAGGAGGAUGAUGUCAGGGAGAACAUCAUAUCCUAUGAUGACGAGGGGGGAGGGGAAGCAGACACCGCAGCUUUUGACAUUACAGCGCUGCAGAAUCCAGCGGGGGCACAGCUACUGAACAUGUGCAGACUCCAGAGAAAGGAUUUGACCCCACAGCCUUUGCCCUUACCUGGGGGGAUGUUUGGUAACAACAGAGGCUGGGCGUGCGGGGUCGAGCCUGCGAGAACAGAAGCCGCCAACCCGCAGCCUCUCCGAAUGGAAGACCUCCUGAAUUUCCGUCUGGACCAGGUCACCUUUGACCUGUCCCAGCCGCCCUAUGACUCACUGCAGACUUAUGAGUUUGAGGGCCGUGACUCAAGGGCUGAGUCAUUGAGCUCGCUAGAGAGCGACGCCGAGAAGGACGAGGGCAGAGUGGUGGGAGGGAUGGAGGAGUUAAACCAGAAGUUUCAGAGGCUGAGAGACUCCAGCAAUGUAGUGACCAUUACAGUAGCAGAACCUGCUCACUAUGCAAUUUGCACAAACACGUAG